AGCUGUCUUUUUUAUUUACGCAAAAAAUUCUGAGCUUUUCUUCAUUUUCCAUUUCUGCUAUCUUUCUCUGCUCAUAUCCAUUUUUCUAAUUUUCCCUUUUACUCCAUUCAUAUUAAUCAUCAUUUAUAUGUGAUAAAGGUGGAGAUACAGAGACAGAUUUUGGGUAACUAAAAGAAGAAGCUGAGGGAAUUGCUGAGAAGGGCGAUUUGGGUUUUGAAGAAUGAGUGCUUCUAGGUUCAUAAAGUGUGUCACUGUGGGCGAUGGUGCUGUGGGUAAAACUUGUCUCCUCAUUUCAUAUACCAGCAACACUUUUCCCACUGAUUAUGUCCCAACUGUAUUUGACAAUUUUAGUGCAAAUGUGGUCGUCGAUGGGAGCACUGUUAAUCUGGGGCUCUGGGAUACUGCAGGUCAGGAGGAUUACAAUAGACUAAGACCGUUGAGCUAUCGUGGGGCAGAUGUAUUUAUACUGGCAUUUUCUCUCAUUAGCAAGGCGAGCUAUGAAAAUGUUUCCAAAAAGUGGAUUCCUGAAUUGAGGCAUUAUGCUCCUGGAGUUCCAAUUAUUCUUGUUGGAACAAAGCUAGAUCUCCGAGAGGACAAGCAAUUCUUUGUGGACCAUCCAGGUGCUGUUCCACUUACCGCAGCUCAGGGUGAGGAGCUGAGAAAGUCGAUUGGUGCUGCAGCUUACAUUGAAUGUAGUGCAAAAACACAACAGAACAUUAAGGCCGUUUUUGAUGCCGCCAUUAAGGUGGUCCUACAACCACCCAAGCAAAAGAAGAAGAAGAAGAGAAAGGGUCAGAAAGCCUGCUCUAUCUUGUGAUUUCUAAAAACAUUAGCUGAGCGAAAGGAGAUGUAGAUUGUUUAUCAACGUCUUCCAAGUUCAAAGAAUGCAACAUAAGGUUCAAUAUUGUUAGUCUUGACUGACUAUAACUGGAAAACAUCAACCUGCAGUUAUCCGUAUGCUUAUAGGCCGAGAUGUAUAUUUGUGAUCCGAAGUAUGGUUAGGCGUACAAAUGUGCAAAAAUCAUCUCAGUUCGUUUUAAGUCUGUAUAAUCUAUUAUGUAACCCUAGUAUGAUGAUUUCUUGUCUUUGCAUCUGCUAUAUGUUGUUGUAAUGUAGAUUGUCCAACAAGUUUGAAUUGCUAUUGUCAUUGUUUCGAAACAUAAAAAUGGUGUUGUUUGAA